AUGGAGUGCGCAUGCCCGAAGUGACGUCAUCUAUUACAAGAAUAGGUUAUGAAUACCGCACAUCACAUGUAGGCGUGACGAAGUCGAAGAAUAUAAAUGAAAAUAGGCUUUGUUGCCGGCAUUUAUCGUGUGUAAAAAAUCAUCAGCGUGCACUCGUGCACUGCAUCUCGUCCAUAUGGUUAAAAGCCGUGCACGCGUACGAUUAGUGUAAUUGUGCUAGAGUUAUAUUUUUUCAAAUACAAGAAGUAAGAUGCUGGGGAACGAGGAGGACGAUGUGAAAUUAUUUCAAACGAUCGGUCUGAGCGAGGAGAAGGCUAAGCAGACUUUUAAAAAUACGAACGUCACGAAGAACCUAAAGUUGGCCAUAAAUGAGGCGGUUAAACAUGGCUUCAUUUCUCCAGACAGUGGUAUUUUAUUGUACCAUCUGGCUUCCAAGAUAAAACAACAGAUUGUGGAUAAAAUACCGCUUGUUUCUAGAUACAUAGUUGAAAAAAAGCUAAGUAACGUGGAGAGAGUAGAUGCUGCAUUGACUUAUUUAUUAGCUAAUGUGAAUACCUUCAAUGUAACAAACUUUGAGGAGUCUUGUGGCGUAGGAGUGGUAGUCUCUCCUGAACAAAUAGAGAAAGAAGUAGAGAGAAUUAUAACAACACACAAAGAUGAGCUAUUGGAGAAAAGAUAUCGUUUUAAUAUCGGUCCAUUGAUGCAACAAGUGCGCAAUAAUCUGAAAUGGGUAGACGGUAAAGCGGUGAAGAAUGAAUUUGAUAUUCAAAUUUUUGAUUUGUUGGGCCCAAAAACUGCAGCCGACAUGAAUCCAGUGCCUAAACCGGCGAAACAGUCGAAAGAGGCAAAACCAAAGAAAUCCGAAGUUACUAAGGAAGGGCAAAAGGAAACGUCAAAUGACGAGAAGAGUGCAACAGCAGUGGGAGCGCAAACUAUAAGCGAGCUCAUGAAGACCAAAGUUCAUUUUCAUAAGCCUGGGGAAAAUUAUACAACCGAUGGAUACGUCAUGACAGAGAACACGGAGCGUUUGCUGUAUGAACAUUUGGCAAUCACCAAUGGCAAAGUGAGAACGAGAUUCCCACCAGAACCUAAUGGGAUCCUGCACAUUGGACAUGCCAAAGCAAUCAACAUUAACUUUGGAUAUGCUGCUGCUCACGACGGUAUAUGCUACUUGCGAUACGACGACACGAAUCCCGAGAAGGAAGAGGAGAAGUUCUUCGUCGGAAUACGAGAGAUGGUGGAGUGGCUCGGUUAUGCACCCGCGGCGAUCACGCACUCGUCGGAUUACUUCGAACGGCUGUACGAGUGGGCCGUGAAGCUUAUAAUGAAGGAUCUGGCCUAUGUCUGUCAUCAGUCCAGCGAGGAUAUAAAAGGUUUCAAUCCGCCGCCGAGUCCCUGGCGCGACAGGCCAAUCGAGGAGAGCCUGCGAUUAUUUAAGGAUAUGAAGAAUGGCCUGUUGGAGGAAGGAGAAGCAACGUUGCGCAUGAAAUUGACUCUGGAGGAAGGCAAGCAAGAUCCCGUCGCGUACAGGAUAAAAUAUGCACCGCAUCAUCGAACCGGUAACAAAUGGUGCAUUUAUCCUACUUACGAUUACACCCAUUGUUUGUGCGAUAGCAUCGAACACAUCACUCACUCUCUCUGCACGAAGGAAUUCCAAUCACGAAGAUCCUCGUAUUAUUGGCUCUGCAACAGCUUAGACAUUUAUUGUCCCGUUCAAUGGGAGUACGGUCGGUUGAACGUCAGUUACACCGUGGUUUCCAAAAGGAAGAUUGCUAAACUGAUACAGGAAGGGAUAGUGUCCGAUUGGGAUGAUCCGAGAUUGUUUACUCUGACGGCGCUACGUAGACGUGGAUAUCCGCCGGAAGCCAUAAAUAAUUUCUGCGCCCAAAUGGGCGUAACGGGCGCACAGGCGACCGUCGAUCCAGCAGCACUGGAAGCAGCUGUCAGAGAUGUUCUGAAUCUCACCGCCCCCCGACACAUGGUCGUUCUGGAGCCUAUUAAGUUGACCAUCAAAAAUUUCCCCGAAGAAAAGACCAUGAAGUUUACUGUAUCCAAUUUUCCUAAUGAAACGGAGAGAGGGCAGCAUAAGAUUAAAUUUAACGAGGUCGUUUACAUCGAAGCCUCGGACUUUAAAGAAAUCGAAGAGAAAGGUUUCAGGCGUUUGACGUCGAAACAACCUGUCGGCUUGAAGUACGCGGGUGUCGCGGUGAGCUUCGAGAGCAUCGAGAAAGAUGCCAGUGGUAACAUUACAAAUAUAAUCGUUACGCAAACACCCGUUUCGGAAAAGAAUAAACCAAAGGCAUUUAUACACUGGGUAUCCCAUCCGGUGUUGGCAUCUGUUAGGUUGUACGAGCGUCUAUUUAAGCAUAAAAAUCCGGAGGAUACAAAUGAGGUGCCGAAUGGAUUUUUAAGUGACAUUAAUCCGUCUAGCAAGAAGGAGCUUGUAGCGUAUAUGGAUGAGAGCUUAGCUGAAACAGCCAAAGUGUACGAUAAGUUCCAGUUCGAGCGUAUAGGCUUUUUCUCCGUCGAUUCCGAUAGCAAGCCUGGCAAGCUCGUUUUUAAUCGCACUGUGACGUUGAAGGAGGAUACAGGAAAGGCGUAAAUAUAUUUUCCAAGAGGCUGUUAUCUCACAAGUUCUUCCUACUUACUACUUCGAUUACAUUUUCUAUGUUGUGUAUUGUGUAUAAAUAAAAUUUUAGACAAGAACGAAGAA